AUGUUUGAGUGGCCUGGAUUGGUUCCACAUGCAGAUAUAUGGAUGGCUCUCCAACGAGCAAUGGACAGUGAGCUAGUUUCAGACUACUUCACUAGGUUGUCUGCGGCUCGAGAGAGUAUCGAGGGGCUUUUGAAGGCCUCGCUUCUUAAAGCCAUAAAGCAAUCCGAAAGCAAGGUACAAUUGGAGCUGACAUAUAGUGGCAUCUCUAACUCGCCAGAAGAAGGCUAUACCCAGCUUAUUGGUCCAAAUCUCAGACUGGGUGGCACAAAUGCUUUGGUGGACAAUACAGAGUACGAAGACGUCACUGUGUGCGGUUACGGAGGGAUCUGGCAAGGAGUGCAGAGAGUUGACAGACCUUACGAGUGA